AUGGAUGCGAUGCAAUAAAUAGCUGAUAUUGAGAAAAGAUUGAGCAAAUCAUAUCCAAUCUAUUAUGUGUUUACAGAUGAUGUUAGCUGGGCUAAAUAGAUAUUUUAUCACACAGCAAAAGUAUAGGUGAUAGAAUAAGAACUUUCAGAAGUAGAGAGGCUAUUAUUAUUGGUUGAGAAAUUUGAUCACUUUAUAUUUACAUUUGAUAGUAUUUCAUGGUGGGCUGCUAAUUUAAGUGAUAAAAAUAAUCGAAAGCAAGUUAUUGUUCCUUAAUUAAGGAAAACAGGAUUAUUAUAAACAAAUAAAAUAUGCAAUGGCAGUGCUUAAUAUUGGUAGAAUUAUGAUAUACCAGAUUACUGGAGAACACUUAAUCCAUUUAAAAUAUGA